CACGGUCGUCUUUUUCGCGCAUAAAAAAUCAAUCGGAAAAUCAGAAAACUCGCUGAGAUUACAACAAUCAAGCGUAUGCAAAGGCUAAACAGCAACAGGAGUUGUUGUUGCUGCUGCUGCGCUGCCGCCGUGCGAUCGAUCGUUGUUGGUUAGGCAGCUUUGCAUGCGCGUGUGUGUGUUGUGGUCUGGCGGCCAACUAAAUAAUGUGGAACAUGAUGUGCGACGUAAUGCCCACAAUAUCGGAGGAUAGCAUAUCGCAGCGUUCCUCACAGUUCAGCGGCGAGGAUGCGAACUUUGAGCAGCUUAUGGUCUCCAUGCUGGAUGAGCGGGACAAGCUUAUGGACAGCCUGCGCGAGGCGCAAGAGCGUCUGGGCGAAUCGGAGUCGAAGCUGCACGAUGUGGAGAAGGAGCGGGACAGCCUGCAGCGGCAAAUCAACGCUAAUUUGCCGCAGGAGUUUUCCACUCUGACCAAGGAACUGACACAGGCCCGAGAGACAUUGCUAGAGCGUGAUGAGGAAAUUGGUGAGCUGAAAGCGGAACGCAACAACACACGCCUGCUGCUGGAGCAUCUGGAGUGUCUGGUGUCGCGGCAUGAGCGCUCGCUGCGCAUGACUGUGGUCAAGCGUCAGGCGGCAGCGCAGAGCGGCGUCUCCAGCGAGGUGGAGGUGCUGAAGGCGCUCAAAUCGCUCUUCGAGCAUCACAAGGCCCUGGACGAGAAGGUGCGUGAACGCUUGCGUCUGUCCAUCGAGAAGAACAAUAUGCUGGAAGAGGAGCUGAACACAACCAAAGAUGAGCUAACGCAAUACAAAUCGGGUGCAAUACAGCGCGCUAAUGCCGGCACCGAUGGCAGCACAGCGGGCAGCGGCGUCGGCAGCAACGCAAGCGGCGAGAAUGGCGUCAAAGAGAAGCUGGCAGGCGGCGGUGUAAAUGGCGAGGCCAGCGAGCUGAAUGACUAUGCGGCCAAGACGCACGAGUUGCAAACAAUCAUUGAGAAGCAGACGGCGGAGCUUUCGCAAUGGCAGCGAAGAGUUUCGGAUUUAAACAACAAGAUCAGCGAGAUGGAGGAGAACAUGUCUCGUGUUCAAAAGGAGCACUGCAAGUCGCAGGAUCAAUGCGCCAAGCUGCAGCGUGACUUGCGUGAGAAUGUGGCACAAAAGGAGGAUCAGGAGGAACGCAUUGCCACGCUGGAGAAGCGCUAUUUGAAUGCGCAACGUGAGUCAACAUCUCUGCACGAUUUGAAUGAGAAGCUCGAGCAGGAACUGCGGCACAAGGUAGCGCAGUUGAAGUUGCACGAGGAGAAAAUAAGCGCCAUUGAGGAGAAACUGGAGCUAUCCGAACAAAAGCUAGCCCAACAUGCCAAACUCCAGCCAGACAUGGAAGAGCAGCUGAAGGCGCGCAUGGAGGCAUUGACAAAGGUAGGAAAUAAGGCUCAGGAACGUCAUGGUUCAGCAGAGGAUCGUAUACGCGGCUUGGAGGCCAAUCUGGAUGAGAAGACGGCCGAGGUGGUAAGACUGAACCAACGCCUCAAAAUGAACGAGGAGCACAACUUGCGCUUAUCCUCGACGGUGGACAAACUGCUCUCCGAGUCCAAUGAACGCUUGCAGGUGCACCUUAAGGAGCGCAUGCAUGCGCUGGACGAGAAAAACGCGCUCACCCAAGAGCUGGAGAAGGCACGCAAGGUGGCCGAGGAGUUGCACCACGAGAAGAGCGAAAUCAUGAAGGAGCUCUCGAAGACGCGCCUGGAAAUUGAGAAUUUCAAGCGACAGCUGCUGCAGCAAGAGAUCGCCUAUAAUAUACAGCAGACGGAGGCAUUGACGCGCAGUCUCUCGCCGAGCAGUGUCGUGGAUGGCAGCGCCUUUACACGCAGCGCUUCCCAUGCCAGCUUCGAGACGCAUUCGCUGCGCCGCAACAAGUCCCGUUUAUCGGAAGAGAACGCCAUAGCACGCUCGAUGGCCGAGCAGGAGUGGGAGAAUAUGCAACAGGUACAUGCGCAGCAGGCCUACGAAUUGGCCACCGCUGCCGAAUGCGACGACAGUGAGGCGCUUUAUGCCGCAGCCACGGCGGACAUGAUGUCGCCGUCGGGACACACAGAUGCCCAAACGCUGGCCAUGAUGCUGCAGGAGCAGCUGGAUGCCAUUAAUAACGAGAUUCGUCUCAUUCAGGAGGAGAAACAGUCGACAGAGGCGCGCGCCGAGGAGCUGGAGUCACGCGUUGGCAGUCUCGAGCACGUCAAUCUGUUGGCACGCGGUCGCUCCAUGGAUAGACAGAGUCCCCCCAUGAGUGGACGCAGCACGCCGAACAGUCCGCAACGCGACUUCAUGCAAAAGUAUCAUACGCUUAAUUUGCCGGUGCUAUCCAGUGAUGCUUCACGCGACGAGCUUCAUGGCGGCAUGUCGACCACUGGGGACUCCAGCUCAGGCGGUGCUGCCUCACCGUUGACAGCGCGCUCCAUGCGCUUGGAGCGUGUGGCGCAAGCCUUGGCGCACAGUCAGGAGGAGCUGCGUCGUCGUUCCAUUGGUCUGGCACCCAAUGCUGGCGCACCUGGUGGCGGUGUACACAGCAAUCACAGCAGCCACAUGCCCCUCAGUAGUCACAACUACGGACUGUCGCCACUCAGCUCCCGGUACGGUAGUCAGGAAUCGUUGCGUCAUUACAAUACCAUGGGUAGCAUGUCUAUGCUGCAGACGCCCACAUCGGGCGUGUCGUCGCGUGACUCAGCGGCCGCCGUGCAAAAGAAGAAGGGCAUCAAGUCGUCGCUUGGCCGCUUCUUUAGCAAAAAGGAGAAGGUGAAGGGUGUUAAGGACACACUGCCCGAUGGUUCGCCCAGCAUGAUGUCUAUAGGCAAUCUGUCUAUUGGUCUCAGCGAAGUGGACUCGAAUUACGAUGCCAUGAGCAUAACGGGCGGCAUGAUGCCGCGAAUUGCUAGCGCCCAAGGCUCCAAGAUCAGCAGCGUAGACUAUGGCCGGCAGAAGAAAGAGCACGAUUAUCGCAAUGAUUUGUUGGGCGAGGCCAUGAAGGCAGGCACGCCAUUUGCCCUGUGGAAUGGGCCAACUAUCGUGGCCUGGCUGGAGUUGUGGGUCGGCAUGCCAGCUUGGUAUGUGGCCGCCUGUCGCGCCAACGUUAAAUCGGGCGCCAUUAUGAGCGCUCUCAGUGAUACGGAGAUACAGCGUGAAAUAGGCAUAAGCAAUCCACUGCAUCGGCUAAAGCUGCGUUUGGCCAUACAGGAAAUGGUUUCAUUAACCUCACCAUCGGCGCCUCAAACAUCACGGACCACAUUGGCGUUUGGCGACAUGAAUCACGAAUGGAUAGGGAAUUAUUGGUUGCCCGGCUUGGGACUUCCGCAAUAUCGCACAACCUUCAUGGAGUGUCUAGUCGAUGCACGCAUGUUGGAUCAUUUGACCAAGAAAGACUUGCGUGGUCAGCUCAAAAUGGUGGAUAGUUUUCAUCGCACCAGCUUACAGUAUGGCAUCUCAAUGCUUAAACGAUUAAAUUACGAUCGCACCGAAUUGGAGCACAGGCGCAAGAUGAGCGAAAACGGUCUGUGCGAUGUGUUGGUGUGGAGUAAUGAGCGUGUCAUACGCUGGGUUAGCAGCAUAGGACUGAAGGAAUAUGCCAACAAUUUGCUCGAAUCGGGUGUGCACGGUGCUCUAAUGGCUUUGGAUGAGGGCUUUGAUGCUAAUGCAAUGGGUCUCGCAUUGCAAAUACCCACACAAAAUGCGCAGGCACGUCAAGCGCUCGAGACAGAGUUCAAUAAUUUGCUGCAAAUAGCCACAGAUCGACGGCCGGAGAACGAGCAGCGUAGCGCAUCCUGAUGCAGCUAUAGUCCGCCUACAACAUCGGUGGAUGAAUAAAGAAUACAAAUUAUAAAUAAAUACAAUAAGAAGGAAGAAAGCACACGAAAUGAAUAAAAGAAUGAAAGAAGUAAAGGAAUUCAAGGUGGGGUGUAGCGGCAUGCAUAUUGAUACGAGAGCUACGAUUCCUAAGCGUUCCGACGCAACUAUAAGCCACAAAAUGUAAUACAGUGAGACCGAGAGACGCAACGCGAGAGACUCCUGGCCAACACGUUGGCCAACACACACUGAAGACACAUAUACACACACGCAUAAUGCACGUCUAUAUAUAAAUAUAUAAAUACACGCAUAGUCAUACAUAUAACAAGACAAUGUAUACAAGACAUAGCACAUACAUACUCUAUAAAGUGCAACAACAACCACAACAUCAACAACAACAACAAUAACUUAUGUAGCAGCCAACAACAGACAACAGACAGACAGCCAUGCGGCGCUGCUAGAAUGUACAAGUUUUAGAAGCUAAUCAUUUAAUUGUUUAAUUUUUUUUAACAAAGUGACAUAUAAUUUAUAGAGUUGAUAGGCCUUUCUGGUAAGUGCUUUACUGUAUAAUUAUUAUUAAUUUUUAUGAACAACAAUUGGGCAUGCAAUAGACUAACAGUAUUUUGUUUAAGAGGGACAGAGAGAUAGAUAGAGAGAGGAGUGCUUCGUACCAAAUUUUGUAACCAAACUUGUUUGUUAUAUAAUUUUUAUGAACACAUUAUGUACAGCAUUUUUAAUUUUUUACAUAUAUACUGUAUACACUUUUUUGUUUAUAAUGUGAAGGCUUUAAACUUUAAAAAUACAGGCGCUCCAAUUGAAACUAAAAACUAAACAAAACAAAACAUGCACAACAAUCAGGCAUAAUAACAGUCGCAGCUAAAGCUCACUUAUAUAUAGAGAAAUUAUAUAUAUAAUAAACAAGCAUAUGUGUAACUAACGGCAAAGUAUUAAAAGGCACAGUGAAGUGAACUUUAUGGAAAGUUUCAGGCGCCCACUUAAACUAUUGAAAUUAGAAGAAAUACAACAACAUAUAUUGAAUCUACAUAUAUAUAGUAUAUAUAUACACCAUUUAGCAACUGCUUUGAAAAUUGAUUUGUCCGGUGGUAUGGUCGUUAGCUUUUCAAAAUUGUACUGCCCUGUGAAAGCUCCAAUCGGAGCUAUUGAGACUUUUUAAAAGUCUGCAGUUUUCUACAAUUGUGUGUCUUGUUUUUCAUCCGAUAGCUACGAUAUAAAUACACCUAUGUAUACUUAGGCAAGCAGCUACAACAAAUUGGGCAAAUAUAUACUAUACAUUUAUUUAACUUACAACCGUUUGGCUUACAUUAAAAAUUAAAACCCAAAAAGCAUAUCCAUUGUUUUUCAAAACAAAACACUCUUAAGUUGUUAUUAAUUUAGUUAAUAAAUGGCAAGCUUAUUAUGCUCUUUCGACUAUUGUUAAAGUUCAUAUUUAGAUUAUAUCGAAAAAGUCGUUUUUUCCAUCACAAAACAUAUAUUUGUAAAACAUUCUUUGUACUUAUGAUUAAAAGACGUAUCCAUGUAUGUUUUUCAUACAAACUGCCUGUUUUUCUGUCUGCAUGAAAAUGGAAAAUGGAAAAGAAAUUGAAUGGAAACCACCAUAAAAAUGUAAAAAUUAGUUCAUGGGUUUUAUUAUUUUAUUUGAACAAAAACCAAAACUGCAACUAACGCUUGUCUCUAAGUUGAAAAACAAAAACAAAACAAAUGAAAAAAUACAUAAAUAUAUUGUAUUAAUUAAUUUAUACGUAUAUAUAUAUAAACUAUAAACUAUUACUAAUAAAACAAUUACUUAAUGAAAUUAUUUCAACUGUAUUAGCAAAAUUGAGAAGUCGAACAGAAAUGCGUAAGCCACACCAGAAAUAUUUCAUGUAACUGUAGCAUUAAACGAAUAAUAAUAAUUACAAUAAUAAUAAUAAUAAAGUAAACAAAUAUUUACGAUGUGUAACCUAAA